AUGGCGGACCUGUCGGGCAACGUGCUGAAGCGGCCUCACCCUGAGGAUGAAGAUAACAACGCGCAAAAACGACCUCGUUCGAAUCAUGGGUCUCCUCAUCCUGGGCAAGGUGCGCCACCCGGUGGUAUCGACAUCGCAAAGGUUGUGGCCGAGGCUAGAGCAAAAGCUCAAGCCGUGCGCGACAGGCUGAUGGCUGAGAAACGAGUUUCCGCGUCCCCUUCUCCAGCGCCGGCUGCUUCGAGCCCUAGCCCUGCGCCUCCCGGUGCUAGCUCUGCUAUGUCGAGACUAGAACAGAUGAAAGCUAGAGUGGCAGCAGCAACAGGACGAUCACAGGCGGCCGCGCAACGACCCAGCGCUCCUACCCCUCCGCCACCUCCGCCUCCCUUCGAAGACGAUGAAGACGAUGGCGCUUCGCGCGCCCGAGGUGGUCUCGAUGUCGGUUUGCAUCCUGCCCUUCUCUCGGAUAACCUCGAAUUUCGCGGAGGCAAGGGGCGACAGAUGCAAUCAAGAAACCGCAAGCCCGAAUCUCCCGCGGUCAGCGGGAAACCGGAUCGAGCUGGCCUUGACCUUUCAGGGCCGUCUAUCGAAGAAAUCAAGAACAACCCCUAUUAUGAUCCGAAUCUAGGGCCGAAAGCUACGAUCUCCAAGCCCCGGCAGUCGCGCCAACUCUUGUUCAACCAGAAAGGUAAAUAUAUACAGCAGGCUGCAGCUCUUCGCCGGCAGGCUCAGCUGGAGGCUAUGAAGAAGCGCAUUGCGGAACGAGCAAGGCAGGCCGGUAUCGAUGAAGAUCUUGAUGUGGAAAAGGCAUUCCUAGUGCCAGCUCCACCAGCGAUUGAAUGGUGGGACGAACAUCUGGUGAACGAGCCUGAUUACGCUACAAUUGACGAUGAAAAUAACCUCAAGGUUGACUCUGCCGAUUCUAUAAUAACUCCCUACGUCCAGCAUCCCGUGCUUCUUGAGCCUCCCCAGGAAAAGCUCAAGCCGGAACAAAAGCCUAUGUAUCUUACGCAAAAAGAGCAAGCAAAGAUACGCCGGCAAAGGCGAAUGGCUGACCUGAAGGAGCAGCAGGCGAAGAUUCGCCUAGGUCUUGAGCCAGCACCCCCACCAAAGGUCAAGAAAUCGAACCUUAUGCGCGUGCUAGGUGAACAAGCUGUUAAAGAUCCCACAGCCGUUGAAGCGCGGGUAAACCGGGAGAUUGCAGAGCGGCGCGCACAACACGAGGCCGCCAAUGAAGAACGCAAGCUUACGAAAGAAGAACGCCAUGAGAAGCUCGCCCGACAACAAGAGCAAGACGCCGAAAAGGGUAUCUUAAUGACAGUGUACCGGAUCGAUAGUCUUGCGAACGGGCGCCACCGAUUUAAAAUCAGCAAGAAUGCGGAACAAAAUGCGCUCACUGGCGUAUGCGUUAUGCACCCCAAAUUCAAUCUAGUCAUCGUCGAGGGGGGUGCCCAUUCAAUGAAAAACUACCGAAAGCUCAUGAUGAAUCGGAUCGACUGGACCGAGAACGCAGGACCUGGUGCCGUACGGGAGGGUAAUCGGGAAGCCCAGGCUUCCUGGCUCGCCGCAGAAGAUGACAAGGGAGAGUUGAAGGAUCUCAGUACAAACACAUGCACCCUUAUUUGGGAAGGUCAAGUCAAAGCUCGGGCUUUCCGUAAAUGGUUGGGGGCCCGAGUUUGCGAGACAGACUCUCAGGCAAAGGAUGUGCUUGCGCGUGCAAAGUUGGAGAAUUUCUGGACUUUGGGAAAGAGUGCAAAGCAGCAGAGCGAGUUUUAA